CUGAGAGCUGACGGAGGCUGGGAACAGUCUGGUUCCUGCCUGGAUCAUGGGGUUUAGUGUCUGGGUGUGUGUGCUGUGCCUGCAGGCGAGCUUGCUGUCACAAGCCUUGGACUGCUCAGGAGCGAGCCGAGGAGAGCUCUGUGUCAGCGGGCAGACCACAAACAGACAGCAAGAUGAUCCAAGUGAGCAAAGGGCAUCACCCUUAACCGAUGGGCUGGUGUUGUUCAGACGUAAGAGGCAGCUGGAGCGGCGGGGUCCCACCCACCUGAGUCACUUCAAUCUGCCUGGAGCUGUAUCUGUCAAAGGCUUCCCUAAAACUCUCAUCCAGGCUGAUAGGUCCAGGAGACACUUGAUUCAGGCUACGAAGAAAAAAAGCAAGCGCAAAACCCGCCCCGGCACUUACUCCCUCCUUAGCAACGACAAGACAUCCUCCCCCCUACAGGUGGUCAGAGUGAGGAGACAGGUGAAGCUGGAUCCACCCAAGAGGGGGAAGACCGGUCGUACAGGAGCUUUCUCUGUCUUGGGAGAUCCCCAGACUGAUGGACAGAACGACAGACCCGAAAGGAGUGUGUAAAAGCGAAAGCAAGCUAAAGACUGUACUGAAAAUCUGAAAUUUGCAAAACAAAAACUGUCACAUGCAUCAUUAGAUUGCUAAACUAGAUUACAGUCUAUAGUUACAACUCCAUUCUAGAUUAAGUAGUUUUAAUUUACUAACAUAUCCCUGCAUGUUCUUUAUGAUAAUAUUCUCCUCAGCUGUUAUGUUUUAUCCUAUUUAAUCACAUAUUUCUUUUAUUGAUUGAAGAUAUAUUUUUGCAGAACUUUUUCUCGUGCUGUUGUAUUGGGUUCCAACAAACUUUCAUGGAACCAAAAACUAAUAAAAACUUUAAUAAUCAAG